GUACACGUCACGUCAUGCAGCCUUCUUGGCCGCCAUUGUCCGGGUCGCCACCAUCAGCCCGACUCCCACUGCCAUGGUGAUGGACGCGGCCGCCAGCCACACCUUGGGGCCUCCCAAGGCACUCAUCGCCGACCAGGACGACUUCACAUCAGCACCUGCACACGCAGACGGAGAGAUCCCGCAGUGAAUGUGCGCAUCUCGUGUGCGUGGUUGUCAGUCAUCUGCUGUACCUUCGAGCACACCGACGCAGAGCUCGUCGGCGAUUUUCCGUGCGUCGUCGCUAUGGCCGUAGCCUUCGAACUCCUCGGUCGCAUCCUGACCUGCACACACCGUCACGCAGACACACACAGCAGGGAGAUGAGCACACCCGUCCGCCAGACAGAUCUCGUGGCAUCCUGUUGAUACCGGCGAGAUUGACGAUGACGUCGGGUCCGCCCGGGUGGUCAACCAUGUAGUUGCUGACGUCGUAGACCUUGCCCCACAUAAUGAUCCAGCAGUCGUCCUCGGACGAAUGCUUCUCCAUCUCCUCCUUGCUCACGGUGCGCAGACCUCCCAUCUUGCUUAUCUAUUGGCAGGGGUGCAAAAAUCAGCUAGAUGCACACGUGGAGGAUGCUCCUAGGACCGCUUGCGGUGGUGAUUAUUGCA